GGAGCUUACCCGGGAUAAAAACCCGAGCAUCAGCCGGACACUCACCGGGACAGGCUGUCCGCCACAGCCGGAUUCUCCUCCCGGUCCCUGCAGACAAACUAACCGGACCGGACACCGCCAGACGGGACACGUGCAGGACAGUUUGACCGGGACCCGACAGGAAACGUAUUUCCCUGUACCGUACUUUAUGUCAUGUGAUAGACCCAGCCAAUGAGAAGUUAGGAAAUGGAUCACGUGAGUUUGGAGCGGUGUGGUGUGUUUCCGGGUUUGUCUUCGUCCUGCAGAGGAUAGACGGCGGGACCAAGAGAACGAGACCGAUCGAUAAUGUGAUCAAUAAGUGAUUCUGUGCACCUACGUGACAUCAUGUCCGGACAGAGGAAGUCUAAGACCCUGAUCAUCGCAGACGAUGAGGAGGCGGAGGCUGAGGAGCUGAACCCGUUCUCCUUCAGAGAGUUUCUACGCUGGAAGAACCAGGAUCCAGACCAGGAGCAGGACCAGGAGCAGGACCAGGAGCAGGAGCAGAUACAAGGCAAGUCCAGCUGCUCUCAGAAGCUAUUUCGUGUCGAGUCCUUGACCUUUGACCCUGAAGUCCAGAGCUGUUUCUUCUCUGAGCCCUCUCUGGCACCACAGGAGGAGGAGGAGGAGGGGUGGGGGCGGAGCUUCCAGUCAGGUGUAGACAGCACCUCCUCCCUCUGCACAGAGGAGGAGGAUGAAGAGGAGGAGACCAGGUUCUCCUCCAAACCUGAAGCCCAGCCGAGAGGAGGAGGAGGAGGAGGAGGAGAAAACUAUGAAGGAGAUGAUGAGACCUCCAUGGCUGAAGCAGCCACCUCCUGCAGGAGGAGGAGCGGGAGAAGCAGCCAGAUACAGCAGUUGAAGGAGGAGAACAUGUUGUUGAGGAGAACCAUCAGGGAGUUGCAGAGGAGAUCAGAUGCUAAUGAACGCAGGGUGCUGGAGCUCUCUGAGGAGCUGCUCCAGAGGAGGCGUCAGGAGGAGAAGGAGGCUCAGGAUCUGGAGAGCAUGGUUCACUCUGUGGAGCAGAACCUCCACCUGAUGACGAAGCGAGCAGUGAAAGCAGAGAGCAGUGUUUCCAAACUGAAGGUGGAGCUGCAGCAGCUGCAGGUGGAGGUGGAGUCUCUGCGGUCAGAGAACGGCAGUCUGAAGGCGGCGGAAUCUCAGGUCGUCAUGACGAUGAGACAAAACGCACAGGUGGCAUCAGAGUACCUGAGCAAGACGGCAAGCCACGCCCACUCCUCCAUCCGUCAGCUGUUGGGGGAAGCAGAGACUCUGCGUUUGGUCUCUCAGCUGCUGCAGUCCAUCGACAAGAUCUCCAGCCUCGACACAGAGUCCUGAACUCGUCCAGACCACGUCUCCACCUGUUGACCCUCAGACCUCCUGUGAUCUGCAGACCUGGGCAUCCUGUUAGGUCAGAGGUCAGCAGGUCUCAGUCUGUCCAUCAGUUUUCACCUGGGCUGAACCUUUGAUGACAUCACAGCUGCUGGAGGACUUGUGGCUUCUGAUUGGUCAGUGUGUGCUGGCUGCAGACUGAAACACAGACA